UUUCUCCCUUGAUUUGCUUCCCAACUUCCGCAAUGAUAAUCUGGCACUAGCACCAGCAAUAUCUUGUUGGUAGUGACAAAAUCUGAAGUGUUCAAGAAGUAGAGGCAGUUUGUCACUGAAAGAAAUAUUUUGAUUAGAGUCCCCUUGUUGGUUUAUUGCACUGAAGCAAGUUCCUUCACAAAGGACUGGAGGGUUAAUUUUGGAAACACAGAUGUAUUGCCGAAGGCAUGUCUACCUUGAAGAAAAUUUUAGUAAUCGUUGGCAGGCUCCCUUUGCUUUUUAUUAUUGACAGUGUUCUGAAACACACAUUUCUGGACUUCUCUGGACUUCCACUUGGUCCUCUCAGUGUGUCUUUCCAGCCUCGUGAGACACUCUUCAAUUUCAGUGAAGAUGUAGUUUCUACUGAGCGGCUGUUUGAUGUACUGAUAUCAGUAGUAUGGUUUCUGUUUCUUGUUACUGUGGUGGUCACUUCCGUUGUCCUGGUCUGCUGCCCAAUCGAAGUCUUGCUGGAUGUGUAUGGCUGCAUCAUUGGUCUCGGAUGCCUCAUUUUGUCUCACAAAUGCAACAGAAAACUUUUACUGGGAAUGGAGGACUUAGCAGAAGAUGAUGUCGUUUUGGAUUCCCCCAAGUCUUUUCUAUUGAGCUUGCCCAUUCAUCAUAUGCCAUAUAUUUCUAUUUUCGUAAAUUUGUUGAUUCAGGCUCUAAUAGUCAUAGCAUUUGAUCGCGUGUGUGUUGCUAGUGCUUUGAAAUGGAACAGGAGAUUGAGCAAAUUCUCCAGGUAUCCGGUGGACAUUAUUCUGUUUUUGUCCUUUACGUCUCCAAUACUGGGACGUUCUUUGCUGAUUGGAGAUUUCGUGAUUUGGAGGAUCUUCCUCGGCCUUGCGCUGUUCCUUCCUAGUUUUAUUUUAACUGCCCACUCAAUAUUUGUAAUGGUAACAGUGAUGAAGAUAGUCCUGCCUGCUGUUAGGUACAUAAAGAUUCACAUUCGAGAAAUAGGAUUUGAUGGGGUUAUUCUGCGUGUCAUGGAGAAAGCAAACUUAUCCUGGUUGUUGCGGGUAUUUUUCUUCUCUCGGUUGAGCUAUCAGCUUUUGACAUCAAAAACAAUAUCAGAGUCUUCUAGCAUAUGGAGAAUGGACUCCAGUGAAUUUUGGUACUUUCUAAAGUUAUUAGUUUCUGAAGUUCUCUUUGACCUAUGUGGGACUAUUCUGUCUAUCAUGAGCAUGGCCAGCAUGAUAAGUAUUGUGAGCGGGUUUUGUCUGAGCAUCGUCUAUCGCAUAAUUGGAGCCCAUGAUGAAGAAGAAAGCAUGCAGCCGGCUGUGUCGGGAUUUCUGUUUGUUUUGCUGGCAAUGCAGACUGGCAUCACAAGCAUUUCUUCUGAGACCAGACUUCAGCUCCUGCUUCAAAACUGUAUUCUUCUCCUGGUCGCAAAUCAACAUUUUGUGCAGGGUGUUACGGCAGACUUGAUUUUGAAAGCAAGCACUGAUGACGUGUCCUUCAAAAAGCAUGUACGCCCGAUGCUGCCUUACCUCGUGUUUUUCUCGUUCCCUUUCAUCGUUGUUACCCGGUUGUGGCAGUACCCAUUCCGACUGUCGUGGCUGCUAGCUAUAUCAGCAUUUACCAUCGAGCUUGUGGUCAAGUCUCUGACCACGCAAGUGAUUUACUGCAUCAACAUGGUUCAUUCUCACACCAACUACUUUCACGACAACAUUGACGAUCUGCUCUUCUAUGUCAAAGCCGGCAGUGGAUGUUUGGACUUUGUCUGUGGCAUAUUUCUCUUUGUCAACGGUGCCUACAUUUUCUUCUUUGAGUCCGGUGGCCUGAUCCGACUGACGAUGAUGAUCAUUCACUUCUACUGGAACAUAUACCAGACGGCCCUCCGCGGACUCAAGACCUUCCAGCUGCGCAUGUCUGCGUGGGACAAAGUGAACAAGCUUCAGCUGGCCAGCCAGGAGCAGCUGGAUGAGAACGCGGACAUCUGCUCCAUAUGUUACCAAGAAAUGACGGAGGCUGUGGUCAUCAAGUGCUCGCACGUGUUUCACAGAGCUUGUCUCAAGAAGUGGCUCACCAUCCAAGAGCGCUGUCCGCUGUGCCACACGGACCUGGGAGAGGGGCCGUCCGCCAGUGCCAACAACAAUGAUAAUGAAGUGGAAGACAGAUGAUGAUGGCAUGACCAGUGGUAAUUAUUUAGUUGAUAUUCUUGAUUUCUGGUUGAAACAGAAUUCUACUGCUUUUUUAAACAAAUUUGAAUGUGAUGUUAUUGUUUUUGUAAAUAGGUUUGUCAUGGUUAGACCCUCUAUGGACAAUAUUUGAAGUAACCAUUUUUUAUCUGGGCAUUCUCUUUUCCGUUGUGCUGGCUGAUGUUUGUGGCUGGGACAGUGGUAGUAGUUCUCUUGUUGUACGGACUUUGUCAGGCAAGUGAGCGCUUACGUGAAGGAAACACAUCAGCCACAGAGGCGCUGCCGUAACUCUUUCACUACCAGGGGGUUUUCUUCACAGUGACCGGGCCCUCUCUGUGACCUACUUUCUGAUUCGGCGUACCGUCAGACAAAUUAAAGAUUUUCAAGUUCAAUUUUCCACAUGAGCCACUUGUAUUAUAUACGGAAAAUAAAGGGGAAGUAAUGACCUGUCUCAGCAUGCUGCUCAGAACGAUCAUUCUUCUGCCGGAGAUUUCAGAUUUGAUUAUGACAAAAGUAGGUGUGGUUUUGAAGCCGGAAGUGGAGAGCCAUGAAACACAGCUGGCGGGAGUGAAAGAGUUUAAGCAGACCUGCCAAGUACUUCCAUAAACUCUGAGCUCUGCGAUUUGGUUUUUUUUACAUGUUGAAGAACCCAGAUUAGAUUGUUGUUCUUUAUAAAACCCAAUUUUUUCCUUGAA